AUGACGAGCCCGUCACCACGGAAGCAGCUCGUGGACCUCAACCCCAUCGACCCGCUAUCCAAUAUCGCUCACCAAGUCGACAAAAUUAGCAAGCAGCAACCCGUUGUGGUAGGUGGGUGUCGCAUUGCCUUCGAGGCAUUCCCCGCGAGUCGAGGCCAAAGGCAAGGGAUCUUCUGCGAUCUCAUCGCGCACAUUAGCGUGGCACUUGGAAUUUACGCACAGAAGCAGCCAAUCUUUGGCAAAAAAAGACAGGAUUACUCGUCACUGACGAAAGAAGCUGGUGCGACUCUUGGAACGGUUGACGAUCGCUGCAAAAGCGUCUUGCCUCCUGUACUACUCAAGGACGUCGGCAAGAAGUGCCUUGUACUAGACCUCGACGAAACGCUGGUGCACUCAUCGUUCAAACCAACAAAGUACCCGCACGUCGCUGUUCCCGUCGAAAUUGAUGGAGUAUUUUACCUAGUACACAUGUGCAAGCGACCAGGGGUGAAAGAGUUUCUCAUUGAAAUGUCAAAGUGCUACGAGAUCGUCGUGUAUACAGCUAGCUUACGCAAGUAUGCAGACCCGCUUCUGGACGAGAUUGAUUCGGAAGGUGUUAUCCGUUACCGUCUCUAUCGCGAGCAUUGCGUGCAGUAUAAAGGCGGCUACGUGAAGGAUCUGUCCGUAUUAAACCGGAGCCUCUCACAGACGAUCAUUAUCGAUAACGCGCCAAUGUCGUACACAUUACACCCUCAGAAUGCCAUCGGUGUAACGGGCUUCAUCGACGAUCCGAAUGAUAGUGAAUUGGGGUCCAUUUCACGGUUUCUCACCACGAUUCGUAGCGUUGGCGAUGUGCGCGAUCAUUUGGACAUGUGGGAUGCCAACUACUAA